UGAAUAUUUUUGCAGGUGAUGGCGAUAUUUCCAAUCCAGGGGUCGAUUUAGCCAUUCUUGCUGCCUGCAACCACACAAUUUUCGCUUAUGGCACGUUUGGUCUUACUGGAGCCUUCUUGGCAAGCCGUCCUGGUGGCUACACAAUUAUUUUCGACCCUGAGAACGGUACAAUCACGAAGGAAAUGGAGUUCGCCUCAAAUUUACCUGGUUGGCGAAUAAUGACUGAAGAUGGCAAAAUCACUUAUAGAGAAAAUGUUAUUUCGUAUAUUUUUUAUGGCCAUCCACGGGCAGAACUCGAUAAAAAUGCUUAAAGAAUUAUUAAGAUUAAUAUUUCGUUUGAUUUUUUAAUAUUAGGUUAAUUAAAAUACGUCGAUACUUCAGUGGUAAAAUAUACAUAGCAUGCUGUCUUUUUGUAACUCACCAGGAAACGUACACUAUCUUUUUACUAAUAUCAUUCAAAAGAGCAAUAAUUAAUGUUUGUAAUAAUAAUUAAUUUAUUUAUAUUUUUCGUUCAAACCAUUUUAAAGUUAAAAAAAUGGGAAUGGGAAUCAAAAGAGCACUGAGAAAAAUUUUUAACUAUGAGUGUUUAAAAACCAGUCAUUUUCUUGAAAUGAUGUAAUUCCACAUAGUUUAAGUGCUGUUCCUAUCGAAUGCGAGUCUAACUUUAAAAAUAGUAAAAAAGUUAAAAAAAGUAAAUAAGUCCAUUUAAUAAAUGGGCUGUUAUGUUAUUUUAAAUAUCAUAUUUGUGAUUACCCUUGCUAUACCCUUGCACCUGAACACCAAAUCCCCGAUCUCGUGUCCCAUUUUUACGUUUGUUUAGAGUUUUGAUAACUUUCGUCUUUUGACUAUAAAAUAAAUCAGCAACAACACACAUGCGAAAAAUCAUGAAACGCUGUGACGCGUGACCCAUUUUUACUGGCGCGUUAUAUAUUAUCUAGCGUAUAAUGGGUACUGUGGGAACAAAAUUCGAACAGUGAUCUCAAUGCAACCUCCCACAAUUUACCGGAAGUGCUACGAACCAAAUGUUGGCUUCGCUUUUCAUAAUUUUAUGAUGCAGUCGUGCAGUGUCCGAGCAACUCACAAACAAAAAGGAUAACUUAAAUGCGUUUGAAUGAAGCGAAAUGUAUUUCUCAAAGAUUCAAUGCGCAUUUUUAUCAACACUCAUAGUCUCCAUUACAACGUAUAUUACUUUAGUCAACUUUGGAUGUACGAUUGAUAAAUGCAAUAUAUUUUCCAAGUGGAUGAUAAACGAUGAACCUGACACAACCGAGUCAUCACAGAUUGCAUCUUCAGAAAGCAACACGGUAACAAGUGGGUCCACAGAGCAACAAACCACUGAAGGGACAACCAUGGUUUCGACAAGUACAUGGACAUUUUCAUCUUCCACCAACUCAGAUGAAAGCAAAACCGCAACCACUAUCAAACUGAGCACGAAAUCUUCGUCAAGUUCAAUGGCAAGUACCACGCCCAAUAAAAAUCAGUUAGGGUCCACUUCUAUAGCAACCAGUAGCACUACAAAAGCGACGUCAAAAUCACCUCCCGCAACUUCAACCAUCCGGCCAUUUAACAUCAGGGAAAACAACCGCUGGUGGACGUGCCCUGAGCCCGGCAAAGGAAGGGAUAGUAUUAUCAUGAGUGCCCUUGUGGACGGUCGUCUCGGAAACGUGGUUUGGUCCUAUUUAUCAGUUUUACUGACGGCCCAACUUUACGGCUUGAGGCCGGUGCUGCACAACACGACCAUCGGUUUCUUGGUGAGAAACGCUUUUGACAUAGACCAUAUUCGAAUGCCGACACUCGAGUGGCUGGACCAAAAGUGUAACAUGUCAGGGUGGCUGGACAAGGCAGUGCGGAACGAAAAUAUGAGCAAGACCUUUCGCUCUCGCGAUGAUUUGUAUCAAGCCCUGGAAAAACCUCCAAAAAACGGCCUGGAGAUGUACAGAUAUGUCUUCUUUGUUACGACGACGGAGCUGUUGAUACCGCAUUUUUACGAAUUAAAGAAAGAGCUAAUUUUGAAAAAGAACAACACAGUAACUGCCCAGAAACACCUUCAUGACGUCAAGAAUAGCUACAAGCAACAUUUGAAAAAUCGAGGAUUCAGCAGAUCCGACUUUGAGUACGUGGGUGUUCACGUACGGCGCACCGAUUACUUGCAUCACAUGGACGCCAUUUUCCACUUUGGGAAAGUAGCCACGCCAAAAUUUUUCCAUACAGCCAUGGACUGGCUUAUAAAGGAAUUAAGCACACCCCUGGUGUUUGUCGUGGUAAGCGAUGACCGAGACUGGACGAAAGCGAACAUCGUCGCCAAUAGAACAGACGUUUAUCUUGGAGGAGACGGUGACAUUUCAAAUCCUGGAAUUGAUUUGGCCAUUCUUGCUGCCUGCAAUCACACAAUUUUCGCUUAUGGCACGUUUGGUCUCACUGGCGCCUUUUUGGCAAGCCGACCCGGCGGCUACACAAUUAUUUUCGACCCUGAGAAUGGUACAAUCACGAAGGAAAUGGAGUUUGCCUCGAAUUUGCCAGGAUGGCGAAUAAUGACCGAGGAUGGCAAGGUGACUUAUAGACAAAAUCACAUUAGUUAUGCUUUUUAUUUGCACUCACCUGCUAAAAUUGGGGAAGAUUCGAGAUAAAACUUUUACAUCAUGCAGUGGAAUUUUAUUGUUUUCUUUCGGGGCAUUACAAUACUCUGUUGUUUAGUUUGAAAAGAGUAUAAAGUUGACAACUUUUAACAUAUAGUUUAUAAAAAAAUUAUGUGUUAUUGAAUGAUUGAUUGUGCAUUAUUUGCAUUAUUUACUGAUAUAGUCAAAUAAAUACACAUUGAAGUUACGAAAAUGUUUUCUUGCUUUUUCGGACACACUUUGAUAUCUAUUGUUGAAAGGAUUAGUGAUUAGAUAGAAUCAAAACAGCACUUGUUUACAAGACAAUUAAUAGCGAAGAAAUCUGCAUUGAUACU